AUGGAGAACUCCGAUUACUUUCUACGUUUUCCGACUUUCAAAAGAGCCCCUUCUGUAUCCGCAAAUGUCGAAUUUGCCCGCCUUGCAAAUCAAAUGAAUUGGAAGAAAGAUUCCAAAGUAUAUAAACAGGAAAGGGCAAAGUUUCUCGUUGCCGAAUUCAAUGUACAUUAUGGAGCCGAUCCUACGAAGUUGGAAAACUGGCAGGCGCUAUGUAUCGAGCUGGACAUUUCUGAACCCAUCGAAAGCAUUACAAAAUGCCGCAAGGCAUUGGCCAAAGUUCACGUAAACUUGGUUGAUUUGGUUGACGCGCGCAGAACGGGCAAAAAAGUCAAGCAUUUCUCCAGUGCCACUGCUCUAAGAACCUAUACCAGAGCAACGGAGAAAAUUUUUCCCAAAUCAGCUGCCAAAGCAGAUGGCUUUUUGAAGGCAUUGUUGCGAGCUAUCUACUGA